UCUUCCCGAGCCCACUACGGAAAAAAAAAACCAUAAAAAAUAUUUCCGUUCGCACCCGCGGAACGAACCCCCGGUACAAUCCUCGACCGAGCGAAGGGCGAACGCUAGGGUUUUGCCCGAACCCUAGGUUUGGGUACAUGGACCGCGAAGAAGACGAGCCCCCGCCCCGCCCGCUGGGGCCGUCGUCGGAGAGCGAGGAGGCCAGCUUUCCCCACGGGGAGGAGGGCGUGGAGGGGGAAGGAGCGGCGAUUGGAGCAACGGAGGUCGACGACUUGCAGCUCCUCGCCUCUCCCUCUUCCCGCCCGUCUACCUUUACCGGAGACGAGGAGGAGGCUGCCGCCUUCGAGCCGGUCGCGCUCGGCGAUGCUGCCACGGGAGAGGAGGCCUUGCAGAUGGGCGUGGAGAUGGUGGACCCCGCCGCCGAGGCCGCGAGCCAGGGCAGCGGGAAGCGGAAGCGCGGACGCCCGCCGAAGGCGCAGGGAGGCGGGAGGGCGCCGCCGGCGAAGAGGAAGGAGGAGGAAGAUGUGUGCUUCAUAUGCUUCGAUGGGGGUAAUCUUGUGGUCUGUGAUCGCCGGGGUUGUUCCAAGGUGUAUCACCCGGCAUGUGUCAACCGGGAUGAUGCCUUCUUUCGCACGAGGGGACGGUGGAAUUGUGGUUGGCAUAUAUGCAGCAUAUGUGAAAAAGCAGCUCACUACAUGUGCUAUACCUGUACCUAUUCUCUGUGCAAAGGUUGCAUUCGAGAAGCAAAUUUUUUUUGUGUUAGAGGGAGCAAGGGAUUCUGUGAGACUUGCUAUAGCACUGUAAUGUUGAUAGAAUCAAAUGAGAAUGGAAAUGAAAAUAAGGCUGCUGUUGAUUUUAAUGACAGGAAUAGCUGGGAAUAUUUGUUCAAGAAAUAUUGGUUAGAUCAGAAAAGAAAAUUAGUGUUAACAUUAGAAGAGCUGAAAAAUGCUAAACAUCCAUGGAAAGGAUCUGUUGUUUCUGCAUACAGGGAGGAAUCUUCUGAUGAAUUAUAUAAUGCUGACGAUGACCAAGAAUAUAGCUCUGAGAGCUCGUCAGGACAUCGUGAUGGAAGCACUUCUUCAAGAAGAAAAGUGAGAAGACGUUCUCGGAAUACUGUUGAUGAUGAAACCUCAGCCAAAGAAGUAGAUAGUGAAAGGAGAUCCAUGCCUGAAGAUGCUGAGUGGGCUUCACAAGAGCUUUUAGAGUUUGUAGCACACAUGAAAAAUGGUGAUAAAUCUGUUCAAUCGCAGUUUGAUGUUCAGGCUCUUUUGCUUGAGUAUAUAAAACGAAAUAACCUUCGCGAUCCUCGUAAAAAAAGUCAAAUUGUUUGUGAUCCACGGCUUCAGAACUUAUUUGGGAAACCACGUGUGGGGCAUUUUGAAAUGUUAAAGCUUUUAGAGUCACAUUUUCUUAUAAGAGAGGCAUCACAGGUAGGUGCAGAUGACGAUGAAGCAGUAGUUAUGGAUCCUGAUACUGGUCAAGUGGAUGCUGAAGUAUACAGUGAUACAACAACAAAAAUGAGUUUAGAUAAGAAAAGGAAAUCCCGUAAAAAGAUUGAGGAGAGAGAACCACAGACCAAUCUUGAUGAUUAUGCAGCAAUAGAUGUUCAUAACAUCAAUCUAAUUUACCUCCGCCGCAACUUGAUGGAAGAUUUGAUUGAUGAUAUUGACACGUUCAAUGAGAAAGUUGUUGGAUCCUUUGUAAGGAUAAAGAUUCCUGGUACAGGUCAGCGGCAAGACAUGUAUCGCCUCGUGCAAGUGGUUGGGACACAAAUGUUUGCAGAAAAAUACAAAAUUGGUAAGACAGCAACAGAUAUUGCACUGCAGAUAUUAAAUUUGGACAAGACAGAGGUUGUAACUAUUGAUGUCAUCUCAAAUCAGGAGUUCACUGAGGAGGAAUGCAAACGCUUAAGGCAGAGCGUAAAAUGUGGUUUGAUUAGUCGGUUAACAGUGGGAGAUGUUCAGAAGAAAGCUAGGGUUCUUCAAGCUGUGAAAGUUGAUGCUUGGUUGGAAAGUGAGAAGUUACGGCUUAGUCACCUUCGUGAUCGUGCCAGUGAAACAGGUCGCAGAAAGGAGCUUAGAGAAUGUGUAGAGAAGUUGCAGCUUCUGAGUACCCCUGAGGAACGUAUGCGUAGACUAAAUGAAGUUCCUGAAAUACAUGCUGACCCACAUAUGGAUCCAGAUUAUGAGUCUGCUGAGGAAGAAGAAGUGGAUGAUAAAAGAGAUAAGUACAGUCGGUCAAGGGAAUCUUUAUCUCGUAGGAAGGGAAGGGAUUUUUCUUCUCUUGGAAGAGGGUCAGGAUCAAAUUUCAAUUGGAAUGGUGCAUCAAAAAGUUCAAGCGGUAGCCGGGUUCUGAGCAGAGGAUCAUUGACAGAAGAUGCACAAGAUAAAUCGGAAGCAUUCAGUGGUGGUGGGAAUAGUGAAAAUGAAUUAUCGUGGAAUCAAGGUAAGGAUGCGCAGUGGACAAGCAGCUGGGGAGCACCAAAUACCCAUGCAAGCACAACUGGUCAGGAGGCUGGGAUUUGGGAUAAUAACCAACUUGUUCCAAAACCUGGAAAUACAUAUGGUAUUGCAGCUGAAACAACAUCAGCAUCUGUACCUUCUAGAGUUUCAGUACCCUUAAACAUCAAUGAGAAUGAUAAGGUCUGGCACUAUCAAGAUCCAGCUGGAACUGUCCAGGGGCCAUUUUCCAUGUUACAGUUGCGCAAGUGGAAUAAAUUCUUCCCACCUGAUUUGAGGAUAUGGCUAACAACUGAGAGGCAAGAAAACUAUAUAUUAUUGACUGAUGCAAUGAAAUCACAGAAUGUCUUACCCCAGCAGGAGCCUCAGCAUAACAGCUAUCCUCAGCCUACGAAUUUUGCAGGUGCAGUGGAUGAUAGAGAUAAUAGAUAUGGAGGAGGCUGGAAAGGGACUCAUGAUUCCAUGUUGAUAGGCAUGCAGAAUGGAAGCAACUGGAGUGCGAGCCAGAUUGGUGCUACUCUCUCAACUGCUGUUAAUAUCCUGGCAAGUGCUGGUAGAUGGGCUCCACAGCCAGCUAACUUGUCUGUGCCAAAAAUGGAGGUGGUCAAGGGCGAUAAUGCUUGGUAUGGCCAACCCCAUGGUCAGAGCAGCCCCAGACCUACAGCCCCAUUUGGGAAUCCAUACCGACAACCAUCUUAUCAAGGUGGAGGGGGUCAAGGAAAUGCUGGUAGAUGGAACAAAGGUCAGGAUCAUGGAAGUGCAUGGAAUUCAGACAGGCCUAGGGGGUCGAGGACAAUUGGUCAGGGUUAUGAAAGCCAACAUUCUAAUUGGAGCUAUUUAAACCAGCAAUCUCAACAAACUUUUGUAGAACCCUGGAAAGCCCGACCAGUAAAUGAUUCUAAUCUACCUGCUCCCACCCCACAGCCAAUUAUGAGAGACCGGACCAGUGUUCAAGGUUCUUUACAUACAUCUGCAUCAACAGCUGCUUCUGUUCAACCUAUAAACUCUGGCUGGGGCACUACACCAAGUGCUGGAUUCGGUGGGGCACAUCACUUAUCCACAGCAAAUCCUGAUGGUGUUUGGGAUGUGCCUAAGCAAUCUGAGGAUCAGGGUUCAUGGUCUGUUGCAUCUGCUUCUGUGCCGAGCAUGAGUAGAAUGGCUGAUGUGGGUACUGCCCAGUUUCCUGAGAGGGUAGAUCAUUUGGGUGAUCCUCAGCUAUGCAGUCAGCAGAAACCUUCUGAAUCUAAUGCACCAAAUAUUUUGGUGAACCAAUCAGGUCUUUUCCCCCAGAAGGAAGAAACUAUUUCUUCAAAUAAUGCCGCUGUUCCUAGUGUCUCUGGCAUGGACAAGAACCAGAGCUUUCAAAGUGAUUAUCCUAGUCCAACUCCAAGAUGUGAUAGGCAGGAGUUUUCUGUAUCUAAUGAUCCUGAUCCUGCCAAGAAGUGGCCUGAAGCACAUGAUAACUCAGCUUCUAAAAGUCAGGGGGCUGAUCCUGCCCCUGCUUCUCUUGCAUUCGAACCAUCAGAUCCACGAUCUCAACUUUCGGCUGAGGUAGAUAACAUGCAACUGCGGUCAAGGGAUUCAGAUGAAGAUGUGGCGGAUAAAGGUAUUAAACAGAACGAGCAGCCUUUCCCAGAAAAACAGAACAAGCAGCCUCCUCUAGCAGGGAUAGAACAGAAGCUAGUUGAUCCUGCCCCAAGUAUUAAACUGACAGCUGAAUGUGAUGUGCUGGAGCUUGCUUCAGAUCAAGGAUCAGAAGCUUCAUCAGCUCCCAAGCCAGUGUCUGAAUUGCAUGGAUGGGCACCUUCUCCAGCUCAGAAGCUGGAACCAAAUGGUUCAGGUACAGUUCCUGCACCCCCAUGGAGAGACCUGAGAUUCUCAGGUACUGAGCCUAUAAAAUAUUCUAAUCGGGAAGGCCCACAAGAUAUGACGGGCAGUGAGUGGUCGUUGCCAUCUCCAACCCCAGCUUCCAGGUUUUCUGGCUGGGAUAUUGGUGCUGAUUCUACAUCAGGUUGUGGAACACUGGGACAGGUUAGUUCCAAUGCAAACACUGAUCAGGGAACACCCGCACAAGGAAAUACAAAUGCAAACUUAGGUUGGGAAGCGUCAGCUAUGGGAAACCUAAAGAGUCCUGGUAUGGGAGCACCUAUCCAGGGAAACUCAAAUCCAAAUACUGUUUGGGGAGCACCUAUCCAGGGAAACUCAAAUCCAAAUACUGUUUGGGUAGCACCUGCCCAGGGAAACCCUAACCAAUAUUCUGGUUGGGGGGCGCCAUCAACAGGAAAUGCAAAUCAGAAUCUUGGCUGGGGCGCGCAGACACAGCAGGGUAAUACAGAUGCCAGUGCUGGUUGGGGAACGGGGAGCAGUAGGAGCUGGAAUUUGCCAGCUGGAGAUCCUGAUAGCUUGGGGGCUCAACGGAAGCACCAUGGAGAUAAGUACCCAAGGGGCAGGGAAUCAGGGCAUGGCGGUGGGAGAAUCUCAUGGGAUGGGAGCGGGGAGGCAUCACGACCAACUCCGAGAGGACAAGGGCAGAGAGGAGUGUGUAAGUUCCAUGAGAGCGGCCACUGCAAGAAGGGUGCAUCCUGUAAUUAUCUGCAUCCAUGAUGGGAGCUGUUGAAAGAUUUUUCUUUUUUUCUUUCCUGUUUCUUGUACGGCAUGAUCACCUUGAUAGCUCAUGUGAGAUCUGAAAGAGCGUGUGGAAAUUUGCUUUAUCAUGCCAUGUAGAAAUUUGCGCAGGUGGAAGUGCGGAUACAAUUUUCUUUCUAGCU